UUGACACCAUGAUUGUUCUGGGUCUGAUCACCUGUGUCGUGCUGAGAGCAUUCACUGCUCAGGCAAAAGUGGUCCAUAGCUUUAACGAGUGUGAUGCGUUUUUCUACCUAGGCACAGAACCAAGUGGAAUGGACCAGAAUGCUGAGAAAAUCUGUCAGAAGCUGGAAAAUAGAGGUUUUUAUUAUGCUAGUCUGUACUCUGUUCAUCACAAGAUCCCUCUCUACAGCGCCUACAAAUUGGACCCUAAAUGCCUAAGCGACACUGAAAGGAAAGACAUCUGGCACCUCGAGCCACAGAUUUCCCAUCCUCGAUCCCAAAUUGAUCAUAUGGUCCGUGAGGAUCAAGUUACUCUCAACCUUUAUAAAGAAAAUCAAGCCAUCAGCAGUUACUACAGGGGCACGGGAUAUGAUCGUGGACACCUGAACCCCAGCUGCUUCCAAUGCGGAGACGGCCGUAAAGCGACAUUCACACUGACCAACGCUGCACCUAUGAAAGAGCGUUUCAACCGUAACCACUGGAGGAACUGGGAGAGCACGCUGAGGGGUUAUUUAAUAAAGAAGCUUGUCAGUGAUUUUGAGUCAACAGCUUUCAUUGUCACAGGUACAGUACCUGAUCCUAAUGUACGUAUACCACAGAGGGAAACCUUUAAAGACCCAGAAAGUGUGUCGGUGCCCUCUCACAUCUGGACGGCUGUCUGUUAUAAACGCUACCGUAAUGACAGUAAGUCCUUAUCCUUUGGCUUUAUUGGGAGAAACCAGCAGGAAGAGCCUGGCAUACGCCUGAUGAGUGUCUCAGACCUGAAUGAUCAACUCAGCAGACUCUACAGUGAGCUCUCAAGGACUCCUCAGUCAAUUAAGAUUUUUGCUGAUGAUUGUUUUGGUGACAAUAAUAAAUUAAACAAGGUUAUGGAGGUGUUUCUGAAAUUAAUUAAUCUACAAGUGAACAAAGCAGACCAAAUGAGCUCAGGCAUGCGAGACACAUAUCGCGCGGUGAAGAGGACCUUUAGCAGUGACGGCACACCUGAAAAAAAAGUCAAGGUGAAUGAGAAUACAGGAAAGAUGUCCUUUGACAGCAUGAGCACUUACUACAAAGUGGCAGAGGACGUGAAUGUUUUUACUGGAAGUACUUGUCUUAUAACUUACGCCAAGCCACAAGUGAGGAAAAUGGAUGAUGAGCGCAGAAAAAGGGAGGUAUCCGCGGGGCCAGAUGCUGUUGAAUGCCAGCUGGUCCCAGAGAAGCAGAAGACUGCAGUUGACGGCUCACGCUGCUCAAGCGUAUCAGAAUCUGAUUACAGCUGUCAAUGCAACACAGGAGGUGAAACCAAGCCCUGCUGCUCCUCUCCUUGCUUCAUAGACAAAUUAAGUAGCUAUUGGUGUUACUCAGGCCAGACACUGGAAUGGUGCUCACCCCCGUACUCACUCAUCACAGUUAAUGGAGACAGGUGCUUGGAUGAUUACCCCUGCGCCACAUAUGGUAAGGACUACUACUGGUGCUGGACCUCUAACAGCUGGGACUACUGCAGUCCUCCGCUGAAGUACAGUAAGACUAAAAAGGGGACGUACUGCCGCAGCAACCACGCCUGUGCAAAAUAUGGCUACAGACAUCCAUGGUGCUACACAGAUGAUAAAGGCAAUUAUGACAAGUGCUGUACUUCUGAUGAUUGCUACUCAACUGUUAAUGACCAAACCUGCAGGUCUAAUCACCCCUGUGGCUACCAUGGUAAAGAUUACCUGUGGUGCUACACAGAUAGAGAAGACAACUGGGAUUAUUGUUGUAGAAACUGUAGACAGUGGAUGGUUUAAAGUGCUUAUUACAAUUAAUACUAAAGUACGACUUUGCAAAGUUAAUAAU